AGAUUACGUAACAGAUAACAUAAUCAUGAUCUCGACUCGACAUCACGAUACCCCAGCCAGUUGCAAUCAUUCAACAGCCAUUUGGGAAUUGAACGGGAUAUAAAGCAGUCGUACUGUAUAUAUGGUAUCAGAGAGUCUUAUUAUCUGUUCCUUCUAUCUUCCCAUCAUUUCCUAGACACGCGCUUGAACAUGGAGCUUGAAAUACCGGGGCCAUUGACACCACCUUUACGGUUCAACACGGUUCAGAAAGACCUUUACCGAGGAGCAUACCCCCGAGAGAUCAACUUUGCCUUCCUCAAGACCCUUCAACUCAAGACAAUCAUUUCCUUGACUCCUGAUCCCAUCACUCUGUCCACAGAUCCCGUACUCUUUGAGUUUGCUCGAGUCAAUGCCAUUGACCUAAUCCACUUGGAGUGUUCACAGUCUGGCAAAGGCAAGAAGAGAGGGGUGCCCAUGGGGUAUUCUACCAUACUUAAUGUUUUGGACUACAUUAUUCACAAUAAGUAUGCUCCAGUAUAUAUCCAUUGUCUCAACGGGGGACAAGUAACAAGUCUUGUGAUAGCAUGCUUGAGGAAACUCCAGUUCUGGUCAUCCAUAUCAAUCUUUAACGAGUUCAUCAACUUUACUACGAAUAUAACAGUGAAUGAUCGUAGUUUCGUGGAAGGGUUCAAGGGGGAGAUAAGUAUACACAGUGAAGACAAGGUGGAAUGGUUGUGGGUGGGAAUGAGCAAGGGAGUAAUAGGGGCACAUCCAAGGAUUAAGGUCAGCGAGAAGGCAGCUGAGACAGGCGAAUGAUGACUUAUUUGUUGUCACUAAGCUGAACAGGCUCUGGUUUCAAAAGGAAGUUAAGCUCCCUUUCCAUUACUAGUAUCAAUUUUAAGGGUUCAUGCUGAGUUACCUUGUAAUGGUAAUUCCUUGGUCACGCCAAAAGAGUUCGAAAGUCUCACAAAUUGCUUUUGAUAUGAGAUGAGAUAUAAGAUAUAAGAUAUAAACUGCUUCUCGGGAGAGCAGGAUAAUGUUU